UUCCAGUAACUGGUUACAAUUAUUCUUCCUCCGAGAGAAACAUUCAUUCUUACAGGUAGGACCUGUGAACGAUACAAUUCGAACAACUAAGAUGUGGAUCACACUUGCAAUCGCCUUUCUGGCCGUUGCAUCGGCCGAGGAUGCGGUGAACGUUGCACCGGAAGUCGAUUCCGUACCAGCGGUGCCUCCAGGAUUCGAAGGAGGAGAGCUCCCAACGGCGCAGCAGCUUCUCGAGAUGCUCGAUUCGAUGAGCGGUAUAUCGGAGGAAGAGAAGGAAUCUUUGAAGGAGAAUCUGUUGCAAAGUAUCCAAGACGGCGGUGGUUUUGCACAGCAAAUCCCUCAAAAUGAACGAAGCAUGCAGACCAUGAUCCUGUUGUCCUUAUUGGGCGUAGUCGUUUUGAUCUUUGUGUUCUUCGUUUACAAACUGUUCAAGUGCUUGUCCGAGAGGCAAACGAAACGGGAGGAGAAGAAGAAGAACAAACAGAUGAAGAAGAAAAAGUAAGGCGGAUAACCGCCGCGAGAGGAAUAUCAUCGCAUCGUGGGAUGCGUUUGGAAGA